AUGACCCAGCUCCCCGGUGUUCCGCAGGAAUCGGGCAGAUAUGGUGUCCGAUACAUCAAGUCCGCCUCGCACAGGUACAGCGCGCGUGAGGACGUGGCUUAUCACACUCCGUUGUGGCCCACUUCCUACAUGUGUCUAGUCGCAACCUCCUAUGGCCUGACAAGGCCUGAGCUAUCUAAUCUAGCCGCUAAUCCUCUGGUUCUUAUUGGGAUCUCGUCAACAACGAGACACACCUGCUCUCGACGUAUCCUGUCGCCAUCACCUCAGCUGCGAUACGGAAGUAACACUUGGCAGGCAGGCUACGUGGAAUCCAACAGUUCUGGUUCUGCAAAGCUUGGCCAACAUCGUGCCCGCCCGGUUAAUGUGGUGGAGUGCCUUACGGUUUACCAAUCAGAUUCCGUGAACAAGACUUUCAUCUGCCUACAUGAAAGAUAUGAGUUCCCUGAGCAACUAAAAAUCGAAUGA